AUGAAGGUCCAGAGAGAAAGACUUGCGAGAGAGCAGAGGAAAGAGGGGACUCAUCUCUGGCUGCCAGGCCGUCCUGGGAGCUACAAGAAGCAACAUGACUUAGGUGGUCCCAGACAUAUCCAAGGCUGCUUCUGCAGCUGGCCUGGCCUCUCCCCAGGUGCACCAGCCAUGAUGCAGCAGUCGCAAAUGGAGACAGAUGCCAUCGGGGCCGGUGAGGGGCCGCAGCGGGCGGUGCCCUGGUCGGCCUGGGUCUCGCGACAGAGUUGGCUGCGCUGGUGUGCAUCCCACGUGCCCCAGAGCUGGACCCACUGGUGGGCCACAUCCAGCUGGCGGCAACCACUGCAGCGUGUGCUUUGUGGUCUGGAAGGGAUCCUCUACCUGCUGCUGGCACUGAUGCUAUGUCACGCGCUCUUCACCACGGGUUCCCAUCUGCUGAGCUCCCUGUGGCCUGUGGUGGCUGCAGCGUGGCGACAUCUGCUGCCCGCCGUCCUGCUGCUGGUGCUCAGUGCCCUCCCGGCCCUGCUCUUCACCGCCUCCUUCCUGCUGCUGUUUUCCACGCUGCUAAGCCUCGUGGGCCUCCUCACCUCCAUGUCUCACCUAGGCCACGCUCAGGAUUUGGACCAAUAGAAGGGCAACCCCAUCCCGCUGCUUGUGUCUGUUGAGCCCUGGCCUAGGGCCUGAGGCCCAGGGGAGAGGGAGGGCAGUGGGAUCAGGGCCUUCCUGCCUUAGCAGGCUCAGACCCCCGGUCC